AUGGCUAAUUCUAACAAUCAAGAAGGCCUCACCGUACCGUACAAUUCCUUUGGACGCCAGGAAAGUCUCCGGAAGAAGUUUGGUUUCCUGUCUCAGCUUGGAAUUGCAUUUGUUAUCUUAACAACAUGGACCUCCAUGGCCGCGUCGAUGAACAUUGCCCUUCCAUCGGGAGGCUCUGUCGCCGUCCUAUAUGGGCUGAUCCUGUCGGGAUUCCUCACCAUGACCGUGGCACUCAGCCUGGCCGAAAUUUGCUCCGUGUAUCCCACCAACGGAGGUCAAUAUGAGUGGACGGCCCUCCUGAGCCACCCAUCGUACCGCCGAUUUCUCAGUUAUGUGUGUGGGUGGACUGUGGUGGCCUCUUGGUGGGCACUCGCUGCCUCCGGGCCUUCGCUGUUUGGCAACCUGGCGAUCUCAUUUCUGGAGCUUUUCAAUACUGGCUAUGUAGCCCAACGAUGGCACGAGUUCCUUUUCUACAUGUCUGUGGAGGUAUCGGCUUUCUUCAUCAAUACUUUCCUCACACCAGCUCUUCCUGUGCUGAGUGAAAUGGCUUUGUAUCUCUCCCUUAGCGGGCUUGUUGGGAUUUCUAUUUCACUUCUUGUUUUGACGAGGCAUUCUUAUCAAUCGGCACGGUUUGUAUUCACCGGGUUUAUCAACGAAACCGGCUGGCCGGACGGAUUUGCCUGGAUCUUGGGCCUCCUACAGAGCUGCUUCUCCCUGACAGCGUAUGAUGCUGUGGCUCAUUUAGUCGAGGAAAUGCCUCACCCACAAACGGAUGCGCCGCGAACCAUGAUAAUUGCCGUGGCGCUGGGAACACUCACAGGGUUUGUAUUUUGCGUCUGUGUUCUGUUUUCAAUUCAGGAUGUCCAAAGCGUCAUUAAAUCACCACACAGUCCAAUUGUCUCAAUUUUCUACCAGGCAUCGGGCUCCAAAGGCGGAGCUGUAGGUCUUGCCAUAGUGAUCCUGAUCAUCAUCUGGUUCUCAGCGUCAGAAGUUGUAACCACCUCAGCUCGGCUGACUGCAGCAUUCGCCCGCCAUCAUGGCUUGCCAUUUGGCUCAAUAAUUGCAAAAAAUAACACCAGACUCGAUCUCCCAUGGAACGCCAUGGUUCUCACCGUCGCCAUGGUGACAAUUUUCGGCUUGAUAUACCUGGGCACCUCCGCUGCCUUUGACGCCAUCGUUAGCGCCUGUGUCGUGGGUCUCAACACCAGUUACGCCAUGCCCAUUGCGCUUCUGGUGGUUCGAGGCCGGCAGAUAUUACCACAGGGGCAAUUCAGACUUGGUCGAUGGGGAUACGCGAUAAAUGUUAUUGCGUUGGUAUUUCUAGUAGUGACUAACGUCCUGCUCCUCUUCCCUGCCCAAGCGCACACGACCGGGAGCUCAAUGAAUUAUGCUAUUGCAGCCAUUGCAGUUGUAUAUCUCUUUGCGGGAAUCUACUGGUACCUUUACGCCCACAAGCAUUACAUCGCACCUCAUAUCGUGAUCGAUGGGAUCGAGUCGGAUUCCGAUAUUCCACAAACAACCCUUGGUAAGGCAGCAGCUACGGAAGGAACUAAAUAGUCUAUGUGAGACUAGAACCAUCAGACCAUCUCCCCUCAUAUGUGUUAAGAAGAAACAUCCUC